CCUCCCCUCCCCUCCCCCUCCACUCUCCCCUUUCGCCAACACGAGGAGCGGCUUCAAGUCACGCGCGCACGCCUAGACAGAGAGGUACCUUCGCCCUUGCCUGCCCGUGUCGAUCAUAACACACCAACGACACACCACACCGCACCAGGUCCAGCCAGGUUUUGGGCUGAGCCAGUGACAAGCGAGCAUCACAUCCAACCCAACCCGAACCAUCACAGCCUUUGGAUCCUCUCAACAUCUACUGCUUUGACAUCAAGUCUGCCCCUCUACACCCCUUGCACCUCUACCAACAGCCAAACUGCCUCGUCCUCGCUCCCACUCUUGCCCAACCCCUGGCGUUCCCAUGUCGCCUGUACCCAUUUCGCCGAUUGGGCGGGGCGCCGUGCGUCGUGGGACCACGGGCGCGUCGUCGGCACCCCCCUCGAGCACGAGCACGGGCCCAAGCCUCGCUGGCUCCAGCGCACGCCGUUUGUCCCUUGCUGGUGGUUUACGCGAUGACCGCGACCAGGAUGAGGGACUCGUGAUGCGCGAAAAGGAGCGCGAGGAAACCACUGGUAAAGUAGCCGGGAGGGAAGUGGGCGUUACGCGCCCAAAGCGCCGUCUUUCAAGUCUUCCUUCGCUUCCUCACCCAUCUGCACCAACACCUCCCCCUCGCUCACCUGCAAUGUCGGUUCCACCAAGCAGGGCAAUGUCCUUCACCUCAUCCCCUCCGACCUCGCCAGCGCAAGCCAGCACACUCCCAACCAUCCCCACCUACGAGGCAUUGACUCAACCUCGCUCCAACAUCGACCGCUCCGGCCUCGGACUCGGCUCAUCAAACUCGUUUGCGAGGGCACCUACUAUCGAUGAGAAGGGACCGAGGUACAUUCCUCCUCAGGUCGCAGCACCCCAGCCGCCCCGUGAUACCAGCGGACCGCCCAAGAUCUUUGGCAUUGAGCUCAAAUGGGUCUCCCUGAUAACGCUCGCCCUCCAGAAUGCCUUCCUCACCAUCAUCAUGCACUACUCGCGAGUGUCCACGCCCCCCGAGAGGACAUACUCUGCGGCCGCGGCCGUCCUGCUCAACGAGUUACUCAAGGGAUCCAUCUCGAUUUUGAUUGCGCUCAAAAAGAUCGACACGACGAUGAACGCCGAGCCGGCAUCAUGGCAAGAGAAGGAGGCUACGCGGACUGCGGUCCCCGGCGGCCUGACCGUCCUCCACCCAAGCCGCCUGCGGGCGCUCGGACGCGCCAUCUUCAGCCCAGACUGCCCCAAGCUCGCCAUUCCCGCGGUCCUCUAUGUGAUCCAGAACAACCUGCAAUACGUUGCCGCCUCCAACCUCGACGUCGCGACCUUCCAGGUUACGUACCAGAUGAAGAUCCUCACGACGGCAUUCUUCUCGGUUGUGCUGCUCAACAAGCGUCUCAGCCGUCCCAAGUGGGCUGCGCUAUUCAUGCUCGCCAUGGGUGUCGGCAUUGUGCAGCUCCAGAGCGUCUCGGUGUCCGGCCCGUCGUCGCACUCGGCUACAGCGGCUCCCGUUGCCGAUGACAAGGCCCUCCGAAGCACGAUCCCGACCGAGCACAUUGAACGCAUCAUGCACCCAUUCCGCGGCUUCUUGGCGGUCACUCUUGCGUGCAUCACCUCGGGCCUCGCGGGCGUCUACUUUGAGCUUCUUCUCAAGAGCAACAGCGGUUCUAGCCCGGCGCCCGACCUCUGGGUUCGCAACACGCAGCUCUCGCUGUUCUCGCUUGUCCCCGCCUUCAUUCCUAUCAUCUUUGCCGGCGCCCCCGAGGGCAUGUCGUGGGCAGAGGGAGUUGCCUCCAAGUUUGCCAACUUUAACGGCUGGGCGUGGGGCACCGUCCUUACGCAGACGUUUGGUGGUCUCAUCACGGCCCUGGUCAUCCGCUACAGCGACAACAUCAUGAAAGGUUUUGCCACCUCGUUGUCGAUCAUCAUCUCGUUCCUGGCAUCUGUCGCGUUGUUCAACUACCCGAUCACGUUUUCCUUCGUCCUCGGCGCUGGCAUCGUGCUGGCGGCCACGUACCUGUACAACGCCCCCAACUCGCUGCCCGACGUGGCACCUCGUACCUCGGUCGCAGUUGCGCCGGGCUCCCCUAUCCCUACUAGCGCCCCUAUCCUGGGCGAACCCCAGCCGCCCUCGCGCACCUCGAGCAUCAUCAACCUCCUCAGCCUCGGAGGCUCCCGACCCGGCUCUCGCCGCACUUCAGCUACCGACCUGCGGGCGCCGCAGCUGACGUCGCGCGGAAGCUACAACGGUAGCAACCCCGGCACUCCAUUCCUCCUGUCUGCGCAGAACUCGUAUACCAACAUUGCCGACUUUUCCCGUUCUUCGCCAAGUCCAGGUCCCUCUCGCGGGUGGUCUCCACCCGGUCAAAAGUCCAAGCCCACGCUGACGGUCGACACCGGGCUUGCCACCGACCACGGCCGCUGAUAAAAGCGGUGCCGGGUCAUAGACGGAUGCUUUUCGUGUUCGUGUCAAUGGGUUAUCGACGUCUGCAGACGUCACACGCAAGAAGCAUAGCAGCCGCCAUGGCGUAAUAGUGCAAUUGAAUGCAUAUGUCAGUAUG